AUGGCAAGAUUCAAAUAUCUAUAUCGGUUCGAAACGGAGAAAGGCGAAGAGUUCUUUGCGAAAGGUGCCUCGGCUGAGCCCGUCAUUGGCGCCUCAGUCAACGCAUAUCCGACCUUUGAGGACUUGUUGGGUGAUAAGAACGUGACACAGGCGACAUUAGCAAAGCUUCUGCCACCUAUCCCCCAAACAAACCUCCCAAUUUACUGCGUCGGUCUCAACUACAAAAGCCACGCAAAAGAGGCCAGCGUAUGCAAUCAAACCACUACAAUCAUUAUGUUCGAUCUUUUAAUCAAAGUAAAACAGCUUAAUGUCCCUUUCAAUCCUCCAUUAUGGACUAAGCCUGCGGCCUCGUUAUCAGCGCCGAACGAAAGUAUCCCCAUCAGUCGCUUUUGCGCCUCACACCUUCCCGACUAUGAAGGGGAACUAGUGUUCGUUACGGCACGCGACUGUCUAAAUGUCGAACCCGAGGACGCCUCGUCAUACAUCCUCGGAUAUACGAUCGGCAAUGAUAUAUCCUGCCGCUUCUUUCAGCUUCCCGAGCAAUCAGGAGGCCAGUUCUUCUACGCAAAAGCCUUUGACAAAUUUGCACCUAUAGGACCGGUUCUUGUGAGUCCGUAUAUCUUCAACGAGGCCAAAGAAACGGCUAGCCUAGUUACCCGCGUCAAUGGAGAAGUGAAGCAAAACACUGCCAUCCACACCGACAUGAUCUUUUCUCCAGAGCAAAUUUUAAGUUGGAUGAGUCAAAGCACCACGGUCCCAGCGUAUACGGUAGUGAUGACCGGUACCCCGGCGGGUGUGGGUGUGUUUCAGAAACCUCGUCAGCUGCUCAACAACGGAGAUGUGGUGGAGAUUGAAAUUACUGCCUUGGGAAAAUUGAAAAACGAAAUCGUUUUCAAGGAAGGGCAAGAUUCCAUAUUGUGA